AUGGGUUUGUGUAGUGUUGUUGUAGCCUCUGCUUGUGUUAUUUUGGUGGCAUUUGUUAUCAUCACUCCCUCAGUUGGUGUCACCCAAUCUGUCAUUUCUUCCAUUUGUAGCCAAACUCAGAACCAAGAAAUUUGUGAGAGCAUAUUACUGAGUGACAAUCGUACAAACUCUGCUGACCUCCCUCUACUCUCACUUAUAUCAAUCGAGCUAGCCAUGAAACAAGUUGACAAGAACUGUCAAGCUUUCUGUCAGUUUCAUGACAACACUACUGAUCCGGGAUUGAAGAUUUCUUUUGAAAAUUGUGUAAGAAUUUACCAAAAUAUGAAAAACAUUAUCCGAAAAUAUUACAAGCUGUCACAACAGAAACAGUAUAAGAGCAUUUGUGAUUUGGGAAAGUUGACAACAUUGGCUUACGAUUGCGAGAAUGGCCUCCCUUCAAACUCACCAACUGCUGCUAUCACUGAAGAUAUGCUCCUUCAUGCACAAACUGUAGCCUAUACCAACUCAUUUGUUGCCGGCUCUUAG